AUGUCGGCGGGGCUGAGACCCCCCCGGCCCCACCGAGCCGUCCCGCAGGCGCCCUGGGGGACACCGCACCGCACCUCGACCCUCUACAGAAAUCAAAACCAAAGCAAAGACACGUUGCGGAGAGACGCUGCCUGCGGCCAAGCCGGGCGGGACACCGGGCGGGACAGGGCGGACGUGCCUCACUCGGUGUCCCUGAAGUUACCGGCAUCACGCCCCGCUCUAAUUUCACCACCCCGCGUCCAUCCGUGUGACGAGGGCAUCCAUUCUGCUCGGCGGCGACCUGUGCUGUCCCACGCGUUCCGCGGCACCGCGUCCCGCGGUGCCUGCACACGCGCACCCACCCCCCGCAAUUCCACCGAUGACAGCGCGGGCUAUCAGUGCCGCCCGGGAUUCCCUCAAGACGCGGCGGAGGUGUGUGCGUAUCGUGUCCCGCAGGGCCCCGCGCAGAGCCCGGCACAGCGCGGGGUGACAUGCGCUUCAGCUGGAACCCGGUACAUUUCACCCCCUAAAAAGGCAAAAUCCAUGCUGGUUCUUUUCUUCCCCUUCACGUCGCGAAUCCUGACGGGAUUAAAAGCAGUGCGUGCUGCUGAUGCUGCUCGAGUUGCAAACUCCACGUCCCGGCACAUGCAGGAGCGGGUCACGUAUCCCACGUUUGUUCUCCUCGAAUCCAGUAGCAUCUACCCCUCAGUGCACAGCACUAAGCACAGGUCUAAUCCUCUAAAAUUACCCCCUGACAGCUCUAUCGACAUCCAAGCAGUAUGACAUCAGAUAAAUUCAUAUGUGGUGAGAUACGGACUGUGAAAGGACUUCCUUUGAUUUAGGUUGCAACCUCUCCCCUGCAGGGCUGACAGAAGAGAACAUGUGUUUCUGCCUCG